AUUUGCACGUUUUCUUUUGUCUCGAAAAACAAUAGAUGUUUUAAUGAAUCAAUUCUUAAUUUUUAAACAAUUUGAUAAUUAGUAAAUGCCAAAUGGUAAUUUUUAAAUAUUUAAACUUAAAUUUCUAGUAAUAACCAAUUUUUUAUCUUGACGUGUAUAAUACAAAUUAUAAAACAAAUAUUUAUGUGUAGCAUAAUUUAUAGGUUUUAAACUUGUACAAAAUAAUUAAAUAUGGAAAAUGGUAAAAUUCCAGUUAAUUGGAGAGGAACUGAAAAGAGUUUGUUGCCGCGAAGCUUUGGAAUGAAACUGUACCCAUUACUUAUACCUACCCCUCAUCACACAAUAUUGUUUAAGAUUCCGAAGGGAGCAGACAAUAUUUUAGAAUCGUAUCCAGAGAAUUUUCAUGACAUCUGGGAUGAUAAACAUGUUAAAAUGCCAUGUUCUGUUUUUGAAAAAGAAAAUAAAAAUAGAUGGGACAUUAUUGUAGCCAGUUUAUCAAAACCAAUAAAGAAGAGUGAACAGCUCGAGGACGCUAUAAUGUCUUACAAUCUUAAAUACAAAGGAAAAUGGCGAUUUCAUUUAUUGCACUCUUUUUUCGAGAAUGUUUUAACUAAGGAAGAAGAAACAGAUGAAUUUUUCGAAAACUUAUUACCUAAAAUUAUUAAUUUGGCUCUAGAAUUGCCAACAUUCAUAACAAGUCCCAUACCACUAUUGAAACAAAAUAAUAAUCAUUCUAUUUCAAUUAGUCAAAUACAAAUUGCUUGUUUAUUAGCCAAUGCCUUUUUGUGUACAUUUCCAAAUAGAAAUGGCGACUAUUCUGAGUAUAAAACAUACCCACAAAUUAAUUUUAAUGGAUUGUUCCAGAUGAAAGUUCAAAAAUCUAAUGAUAAAUAUUUGUAUGAAAAAUUAAAAUGUAUCAUAAACUAUUUUAAGAAAGUUACCGAUCCAAAUUUUGUUUGCAAAAGAGCUGUUACUUAUUCAAGACGAUAUUUACCUGAAAAUGAGUUACCUACCUGGUCGAAAUUGACUAAUCAGCUAACGAAUUUACACAUAGCAUCUACUGGGACUAUAGAAAACGAUGGAGAUGGAAUGUAUCAAGUCGAUUUUGCCGACAAAUCUAUCGGUGGCAAGGUCAUCGGUAUGGGCAGUGUACAAGAAGAAAUCCGUUUUCUGAUAUGUCCCGAAUUGAUAGUGUCUCAACUUUUUUCACAAAAAAUGUUACCUACGGAGUCUAUUAUUAUUACUGGCGCUGAGCGUUUUAAUGACUACAGUGGUUAUUCAAAAUCAUUUAAAUGGGGCGGGAAUUACACCGACGACACUCCAAUUGACGACAACAGCCAUCGCCGGUAUUGCACUGUAGUAGCAAUAGACGCUCUUUAUUUUCGAAAUCCCAAAUUGCAAUUCGAUCCAAAAAAUCUAAGCCGAGAACUCAACAAGGCAUAUGCCGGGUUUUCUUGGGGUAACAAAUCCGACUGUUCCGAUGUGUCAGUAGCCACCGGGAAUUGGGGUUGUGGAGUGUUUAGAGGUGAUUGUCACCUUAAAUCGUUGUUGCAAAUGUUAAGCGCUGCCGAAGCAAAACGAGAUGUUGUGUAUUUUACUUUUGGCAAAACAACAACGAGAGAUUCCAUUAACGACAUGCAUUCAUUUUUAAAAAACAAAAAUGUCACCGUAGGUGAAAUUUUCCGAAUUUUAAUAAAAUAUAACGAGUAUAUGCAGAGUCAUUCCAAACCUAACCUAUACGAAUUUAUCAAGAGUACUGUAAACAACAGCGUUGUUCAGAAGCCCCAAAAUAAACAAAUACCACCUGCAGUUAUUGAUGGACAACUGAAUGUUUCGAAAAAUGCUAGUCAGUCUGUACGUGAAAAACCUAUUCAGUCGACAAGUAUACUAAAAAGAGAAAGAAAUGAAGAGACUGAAAAAAAAAAAAAGAAGCGUAAGAUAGACGAACACUUUCAAAGUGCAUCAUAAUUCCUUAUAUUAUUUCUGGUAUUAUUACACCUAAAUUAUUAUUAUUUAUUUAAUGUUAUAAAUUAUAGUUUUAUUUUAAAUACCAUUGUAUCCAGACAUUUUUUUAAAGUUACAAUUUCAUGUUUGAUAAAUAUUACUAAAGUGGACUAGAUAUUAGUAUAUUACUAUAAGAAGUUCUAAU